AGGCGCCCGCGCAUGUUUUUUCAACGUAAAAAAGAAAAUAAGGCUCGCGGGAAAGAGAGGCUUAGUGGCUUUUUAUAGUCGCUGUCCCGGUGCGCCGGCGCACGGAAGUAUCGGAGCUUCAGGAUCGAGCCUUUAAUCUCAUUCUAAUAAAAAGCUCACGCAUAAAUUGACGCGCUAGCAUUAGUUUUAAAUUAUAAUAUUUUUUAUUAGUGGUUUAUGAAAAUUCGUGUGUUAUGGACGGCUGUUGAAUAAUGCUGGACACGUGCUGUUUAUUGUUAUUUUUAUUGCCACAAUUAACAUUAAUUUUGUGAAGUAAAGUGUGAAGGGUUGUUUUUAUUAAGUUAUCAUUAGAACUUCAACGUUCGAGCUGUGUGGUCGUGUUUAUUAUUUUAUUUUUAUUAUUUCUUAAAAUGAAUUGAUUUAUUGUGCUUCGAGGUGUUUAAUUAGUUUUGUUUGGAGAUUUUAUUUUAAACAAUCAAGAUGUUUUUAAGAUUCGAGCCAACAAAAUCAACGAAAGGCGCCAGCAAGAUGCGUCGAGACCUCAUCAACGCAGAGAUCUCCAACCUUCGAGACCUGCUGCCUCUCCCCCCCUCCACCAGACAGAGGCUCUCGCAGCUGCAGCUCAUGGCUCUCGUCUGUGUCUACGUCAGAAAGAUGAACUACUUCCAACAAGUGUUCAAAAGUCACGACUUCAGCUAUCAGUAUCAAGAACAACCGACGCCCACGCCUAAUAUCGGAUUUUCUAAGGCUAUGAACGGUUUUAUGAUGAUGAUGACACAGAACGGAAAAUUGUUGUACAUAUCGGAGAACGCGGCGGAGUACUUAGGACAUUCAAUGGAGGACCUUCUAAUACAUGGAGAUAGUGUAUACGAUAUAAUAGAUAGACAAGACCACCAGACAGUUCAAAUGGAACUCAACAGAGGGGGAAACGGAGAGACUGAAAAUGUACCAAAGAAUAGGCAUUUCUUCUGUAGAAUGAACGUGUCUAGAAACGCUAGAAGACAAAUGAGGUUCGGUGACCAAAAAGUAGUUCUCGUUCGGGGCCACUACGUGUCGUACCUGCCGCUGUGCAGUCGCAACGAGCCAGUGUUCCUGGCGGUGUGCACGCCGCUGGCCAUGCCGGAGACGCGCGAGUGCGUCGUGCACGGCGCCACCAACGUCUUCACCACCGUGCACGCCAUGGACAUGAAGAUACUGCAUAUUGAUGCCAAUGGCGAAUGGUACUUAGGAUGGAAGAAAUCUGAGUUGGCUGACGUUUCGUGGUACCAACUUAUACAUUGGGAUAGUUUACGAGAAGCACAAAGUAAACAUAGAUUAGUAACGCAAUCGGAGCAAGACAAAUGUUGCAUAUUGCUAGUUAAGUUGCAACAACGCAGCGGUCAGUUUCUAUGGGUGCAUAUGGUGCUACAAGUCAAAGAUGCCUCGGAUACACCAAGACAGUUUAUUGUGGCUACUAAUCAGAUUUUAAGCGAAGAAGAAGCCACAAUAAUGCUCGCCAACUCCUGGCUUUACCAAUACUACGGUUAUCAGAACCAACCCUGCGGUAUGCUGGACCCUCGCUGCCAGAAGUUCUUCCGACGAGAUCAGUACUACCAGGAGUACCAAGAAUAUCCUUAUGUGGAAAACCAGGAGAUGGAGUAUUCUGGGUACCACGUGUCGUCGUAUGUACAGCCGAAGCCAGUUGAGGAGUAUGGUGGCUGUGAGCGAGUGUAUACGGAUCGAGGUCCCGUUGAUUAUUCUACGCAUUCACCUCAGAGUACGAUUAGUGAAGAAAGAUCUCCCCACCACUAUGACCCGCCACCAGACAUUGUCGUGAACAGCAAUAUGUACAUGUACCCUCACCCCGGGAAGAGAGAGUACUAUGAGCAGUACCCCAGGGUCAACUACCAUGUACAGGAGCCCUGUUCUAGUACUGUUGUUGAAGGUAUGGAAUACCCAAGUCCAAAGCGAAUGCGGCUAGCCCCACCUCCCCUCACGCUAGAGGAAACCGACGGCAUGGACCGAUGGAACCCCAGCCCACCCUGGUCGGACACCACGCUCAAAAUACCCGACUACACCCAACGGUUCACCUACAAUCAUAUGGUACCAAUGCCCCCUGAAAGAGCUAUGGUCACUUAAGAUUUAGUUUAAGUUAUAAUAAGUACAAAAAUUACGUAUGUUUCAUGAUUUGAAAAUAGAAUUUCUUGGGAAAUGAAUUGAUAGAUUUUCUUUUGUUUUCGGUAUUAGAUUGUGAUAGUGCUUUUACACCAGCGGGUUUUUACGCACGACACAUUCCGACCGACAAAAAUCAUGUCGUGCGACAAUUACCAG